AUGACGUCCCUCACAAGGUGGCUCACCUUGCGGUCAACACUUACAGGAGCUGUUUUCGCUGUCUAUUCCUUUCUCGGAUUCUUUCGAGGAGACACAGCUUUCGAUUUUCUGUUUCGGCUGGGGGCGCUUGCCGCCGAAACCGCGGACGAGUUGCCCUGUACCAGUCGGGAGCUCCCUCAUAAUCCGGUCUCGCGGGCAGCCUUCUCAGUGCUCAUGCCGCUCCCUGCUUCCUCACACGACGACAGCCAUGUUUCAACGGCGAGCCAGGCACAGGCUCCAGCAUCGCAGAUUCCUGUAAUGACAGAUGGUGCUUUCACUGAUCGGGCUGGCGGAACGUCCGGGACACUAGAAAUGAACCCAAGUCGGUUGCCUUCUGUACUGCCAGCUGCCCCUCCCCCGCCGGCGUUGCCAGCUACGGUGCCUGCAGUGGACACGCCGGUGAAAGAGCCGGGUGGCGGCGGUAGGCCGUCGGCGGCGGAUACCCCAGGACCCUCGGAUCGCGAGCUGACAACUGACGCAACAGAGGAGCGCAGCAAAUGGUCCGCACCGGGACCGGUUGCGGAGCUCUCGUGUGUCCUCCCUAAGAGGCGGCGGGUUGUCGCUUCCGAAGGCAUUGAUUCUACCUGGCUUCAGCCCCUCGCACCUCAAGACCGUAUACCAAAACGCCGUUGGAUACGUCGAUUUGCUGAAGACGUUCUCAAGACCUUGCAGUCCGCUGGCGGGGAUGCAACGGGUUCAGUUGCGCGAGACAUAGAAUCGCGGCAGAAGGCUCCGGCGGUGGGCUACGCGACACAUACGCUAGCGCUGCCACCAAGGAAGCGUCUGGCGAUCGCGUCAGGGGACACCUCCGCGCGUGUUGCAGGUCGGUUGCCUUCUGUACCGCCAGCUGCCCCUCCCCCGCCGGAGUUGCCAGCUACGGUGCCUGCAGUGGACACGCCGGUGAAAGAGCCGGGUGGCGGCGGUAGGCCGUCGGCGGCGGAUACCCCAGGACCCUCGGAUCGCGGCAAAUCCGUUACGCCUUCUCAACUUGCAGGGCUUGCAUAA